AUGGGCCUUCCCUAUUCCAAGGAGAUUCACUCGGCGUUUGAACAAGUUACGCCCCUGGUCGCCGCUGGGUUCGAAGUACUCCAAACGACCAAAAACAUUGCCAUUCUGCUAGCUGUCAUCCAGGUGGUGACCGUUAUCACAUUGCUUUUGAUCCUGCUUGCUUUGAUGGCCUUACUGUGCACGGUGAAUCCAGACCUCGACAGAGAAAGAGAGCAGCUGGUCACUCCUGCUAUGCAAUGGAUCGCCAGCUGGGUUCUCAAGUACGGCGGCCCUGCGAAAACGCUCCUCAAAAUCGUGUUUGGGGUUGGUCUCUUGAUCUCUGGAUACGCUGUCUGGCAAGCUCUUGUGACCGGGCACACUGAGCCCAAGUCAGAUGAAGAACAGUCUGAAGAUACAGAGGGAAAAACAGAUGACGAUCAGACCAAGGGUCAAGGAAAGGAUGCGAAAGACACCAACGAAAAGGAGGCAAAGAAUGGAAAAGAUGGGACAAAGAAGAAGUAG